UCGUAAAACGGACAGUGUGUAUGUAUAUGUAUGAUGGCUGCUCUCGGUCUUGUAAAGAGAGUAGGCAGCACUUGGUAUAUAUUUUUCGGCGGCUUCUUGCGUCUCUCCUCUAGCCUUCGAGGAUAUCGUGCGUAGUCUAUACAUAUAAUUCGGAUUCUCUCUUCCCUAUUCACACCAAGGCUCAAAAACAAGAGUCAUGGCGAGUACGUCUGUACAGCCGCCCGAGGACGUGGUCAAGCCUGCGCUGCCUGUCUCAGAACCCGUGAGCGAGGCGGCAUCCGAGCAGGUGGAUGCAGUAGAAGCGGAAAAGUUCCAGCCAGGAUGGCGCUUUCUAGCUGCUUUUGGUAGUCUAUGUAUCAUAACGCUCAUGGCGGCGUUGGAUGCUACUUCCAUCUCCGUUGCUCUUCCAAUCAUGGCAAGGGCACUAGGCGGGUCUGCUAUCGAAGCAUUUUGGAGCGGCACUUCGUUCCUAUUGACGUCGACCGUCUUCCAGCCAGUGAUCGGAUCCUUUUCGCACAUUUUCGGGAGAAAGUCAUUGAUCUAUAUCAGUCUUGUAUUCUUCCUGAUUGGUUCCAUUAUCCCCGCUGUGGCUGACAACUUCACCCUCAUCCUGAUCGGGCGGUCUAUCCAAGGUAUCGGAGGCGGAGGUAUCAUUUGCCUCACAGAAAUGGUAGUUGUAGACACUGUGCCUCUGCGGGAGCGAGGAAAGUGGCUUAGCUUCUUUGGUGCCAUGUGGUCGAUUGGCACCGUAGCUGGACCGCUUCUCGGUGGCGGCUUUUCACAAAACGUUAGUUGGCGAUGGAUCUUCUGGAUCAACCUCCCAUUCAUUGGCAUUGGCGCUGCCAUGAUCACCAUCUUCCUUAAGCUCAACCAGAAGCAUGGGGCUUUCCUAACCAAACUCCGCGAGGUGGACUGGAUCGGCAUAGUGCUCUUCCUUGCCUCGACCACUGGCUUCUUGAUUCCCGUUACCUGGGGCGGGGUGCAGUAUCCGUGGGACUCGUGGCGCACACUUGUGCCACUUAUUGUGUGCGGUGCUGGCAUGGUUGGCUUUGUCUUGUAUAUUGAAUUUGUGGCCGCCAACCCGCUCAUUCGCACGUCCGUCUUUAAGAACCGGUCUGCUGCCAUUCUCUAUACUGCCACGGUAAUCCACGGCAUUAUCUUGUGGGCCAUCCUAUACUACCUACCACUGUACUUUGAAGCGGUCAAGGGAUUUGGGCCAAUUCUUACUGGGGUUGCUUUGUUUCCAUGGACGUUUACAGUGGCUCCAGCCUCGAUCGCGACGGGUGUUGCUAUUGCCAUCCUGGGCACGUACCGAUGGGCCAACCGGGCAGGGUGGUUCCUUGCUACUCUGGGCAUGGGUGUGCUGAUAGUAAUCAAAGUUGACACGUCGACUCCAGCGUGGAUCUUUAUCAGUCUCGUUGGUGGGAUAGGAACAGGUAUCCUUUUUCCUGCCAUGGCAUUGGCCGUGCAAGCCAGCGCGACCGCAGCGGACCAGGCGUAUGCUGCCAACAUGUUUUCCUUUUUCCGCGCAUUCGGCCAGACACUGGGAGUGGCUAUUGGCGGGGUCGUGUUCCAGAACCAGAUGAAGAAGAAGAUGCUGACGUUCCCACUGCUGGCUGACUUCGCGGACGAGUAUUCUCAGGACGCAGCUGGGCUGGUUCGCAUCAUCAAGGAGAUGCCUGGCGGAGAUAUGAAGGACCAACUAAAAGAAAGCUACACGGACGCAUUAAAGUACAUCUGGAUAGUCAUGCUGGUGUUCAGUGCGGUGGCUAUGAUUGGCAGCUGGUUCAUCGAGGCCUAUGAUAUGAAUGGGGCCAUGGACCAAGAGAGGGCGUUUGUCGACAAAGACAAGGUCAAGGAUAUGGAAAAGAGCAGUAGCCCGUAAUGCGGGGAGGGGUAUAGAACUUGUUUUGGGAGAAGCAUCGACAAAGCAUCUAGAUUUUGAUGGGGCACAUUUAGAAUUAGACGGAUGUGAUAUGAAGCAUUUCUUGUAGCGUACGCGGUAGUUAGUCUCUAAUAUAUAAUACUAAAUCGUGUCUCGACUUUUGGGGUUGUGGCUGGAUUGAGUCAGCAUGUGCAAUUGAGAUGCAGACCCACUGCUAAUAGCACCGCCAACGCUUUUGCAUCAGUCAUGGACGCGCGCAGAAAGCUUCGAGUAUUUUUGGCGAAAAGGCGGGCGGGAUCUGCUAGAGCCGGGACCGGGCGGCGGCCUCGUUGGAAUGUGAAACACGCCGUCUGCCGUUGACAAGGGAGAUCAGUGGCAGG